AUGUGCUGGGUGCGGAGGUGAGGCUUAUUCUCCAAUCGAUAUCUUUAAUUGGCCCUGUUUUGUUGUACCAAUCCUGACCAGUUUCAGCUGCUCCAUCAGCCGCUGCCGGAGACGGGGGGUUGCCUGGGAAACGGCCGCAUGGCAACGGGAUCAGAGCCCGCGGGUGCGAGGCGCUCGCGCUGCUCUCAUUUCGACAGCGCAUCUCCUCGCUAGAUGGUGUGCGAAGCCGCUGGAGAAUUGGGCUGUAAUCCCAGCGCAGUGUGAAGCCCUGACUUUAAAAAAAAAAAAAGAAAAAAAAAAAAACUGAAAACAAUAAAAAAUACAGAAAAGAACAUUUAAAGAGGACGCCUUCGGGGAAGGCAGUUUGGUGGCGUUUCCGCGCAGGGCAGGCAGGCACGCGCCGCGGCUCAUCAUCGUUUCCCCCCGUUUGUUCGCGGACUGAACCAGGGAGCCACUGCGGGGAGCGCGGAAAUGAUGGUGGCGGUGCAGGAGGCGCGCUUCGCCGCGCUCGCCCUCAGCCUCAGCCUGUGCUGCGCGCUGUCCUCCGCGCUCUCGUACGGCAAGGCGGCGGACAGCGCGUGGAACGGCGUGGAGAGCGUGGUCAGCAGGCAGGGGGACACGGCUCUGCUCAGAUGCUACCUUUCGGACGGACUCUCAAAAGGAGCUUGGUUGAAUCGCUCCAGCAUCAUUUUUGCGGGCGAAGACAAGUGGUCCGUAGACCCUCGAGUGUCCAUCGUAUCAGGGACUGGCAGCAAACACGAGUACAGCCUACAGAUUCAGAAAGUGGACGUCACUGACGAUGGCCAGUACACCUGCUCCGUACAAAGUGACCAUAAUCCACAGUCCAACCACAUUCACUUAAGCGUGAAAGUUCCUCCCAAGAUAUAUGACAUCUCACCCGACAUCACCGUCAACGAGGGGAGCAACGUGUCCCUGAGCUGUUUGGCCACAGGCAAGCCGGAGCCUACAAUUUCCUGGCGCCACGUGACCCCUUUAGCAAAGAAGUUUGACACUGGAGAGUACCUAACGAUUACUGGUAUCACCAGGGACCAAGCUGGAGACUACGAGUGCAGUGCUCAGAAUGACAUCUCUUUCCCUGAUACGAAGACAGUAAGAGUCACAGUGGACUUUCCUCCGACGAUACACGAGAUGAAGUUCACCGGGGCAGGGCUGGGCCGCAACGUUCUGCUGAGGUGCGAGGCAGCAGCCGUGCCCCCGCCAGUCUUCGAGUGGUACAGGGGCAAGAAGAGGCUUACCAGUGGACCGGGAAUAGACAUAAAAACCCACACGUCGAGAUCAAUCCUCUCCAUGACCAAUAUGACAGAGGAUCGUUAUGACAACUAUACAUGUGUGGCUGUCAACAAGUUAGGUACUGCUAACGCCAGCGUACCUCUGAUCCCACCCAACACCGCUCUGUACGGCAGCACUGGCAGCGCGGAGAUCCUGUCCUCCUGUCGGUACCUGGUUUUGGCUCUGUCCUCCCUCAUCAGUGGAUACUAGAUGAGGAGAGCCCCGCAAAUGACUGUAAACAGCUCCAUAAACAUUUACAGAUGUGUUCGCAUUGCAGAAAGUUGGAUGUAAUCUGUUACGGUUCGGUAAAAGCAGUGUGGGACAAAAUCGGCAUGACUUCUGGGGGAAGAUCACUUUUUGUUGUAAUUCUUGCUCUCAUUAUGUAAAUACUACUUUUAUGUUUAUGACGUACGUUGUGAGUCAUCGUCAUUGCAUAUAGAGGUCUUAUUAUAUUUUUUCAUUAAUUGUAAGUUACAAUAUGAUUGUGUCACUGAAAAUGACAUAGAUCUCUUGAACAGAAACGUAUAGUCGCAGGAAACCAUUUAUGAAGCAAUAGUUCAUGAACCCAAACACAUCACAUCAAUUCAACCAAUUGAAAAUAAUUGCAUAUUUAAGAGAAACAUUUAGGGAAAAGGGAAUAAAAGUUUUUACAAAGCAGGUUUUUCUGACCAUUCAGAGGAAGACCUUUUCUACAAGUACUGUACAAGGGAUGUUCAUGUUUUUACAUUCUGGUUCUGGGUGCGAAGAAACAAGCUAAGCACAAUCUCCAUUUGGAAAUGGCCAUAGAUUUUGUCCAAGUGGUUGCAUUUACAUUAACCGUCAUGAACAUGUCGACCUGCAACAAACCUUAUGCUGUGUUUGAGAGAGACAUUUAAACGUUUCACACUUCUUCGAAAUGAUCUCGUUUUUAGGUCAUUUAAAAAUAUAAAUAGGGAAUAAAUCAAAUAUUUUCAAGUAAUGAAUGUACACAGAGAAACUGGGGCAAAAGGAAGUAAUACAUUGAAUGUGAUACCGUUUCUAGUUUUUUUUUUUUUUUUUUUUUUGCAUCCUUCUUAUUAGCAAGAAAGAAAUUACAUUCAUUUGUAUGAAAUAAAUUAAUUCAUUGUGUGAGUUUACUUACCCACUAAAGUCAAUUUUAAAAAAAUGGUAAAUUGUUUGUUACUGGUGGAUUAUUUAAGGCUCAAAGUGUGAGUUGCAACAAGUUAGUGGAUGUCAGUUUUAGGUCACCGCUUUCUGUGGAGUAAGAAAAAUGGUUAGAAUGAUUAUUUGAUGUUCUCAAUAUGUGCAAGUUCUUUGAGCAUACUGUAAGGUCUUUUACCUUGCUCUUUCCAGUCACAUAGAAAAACUAAUUGCUGUAUUUUCAAAAAGUAGUGGUAGCCUCUCUAAAUAUUGUUUUAAGAGGUGAAGGUUACAUGACACACACACACACACAUAUAUAUAAUACAGUCUUACGCUUUCUUUGUAUGCGCAGAAUCAUUGUAGCUAACAAGCGUAGUUGUGAUUCUGUAUUUGGUGCAUGAAAUGGUGAGAACCUUAUGUAUUUGACAGUUGUUUCUGGAUUAAACAGUAAUUAUGUGAAUAUCCUUUUUAUACCAGUAAAAAAUGUCACAAAGCAGUGUAUAGAUGAUUUUCAGUGUAAAAAUACUUGAAAAUUACUGCCUGACUUCUUGAUAGAAGAUGGUUGAGUUGAACUUUAGGAAACUCUUUCAAGAAUGAUUGUAGAAAAAGGAGUUGAUAUAUAAAAAUAUAAAAAACAUGAGAUAAAGGAUUGAUAAUGGAAUAUGGCAACAGUUGCUCAUCCUCCGUUGCUCGUUCCAGGUUGUUGGCAAGGGAUGUAAACGAUGUGGCAGAUGGCAUUGAUCUCAUGCAGAUCACGGGUGUUGACUUACGUUCAGGAGCUCGGGGACAGAGCCCUAACCAACAGAGUAAAGAGACUGUAUCAGGAGACACAGCGUAUGUGGUAAACGUUAUUACGAACCUCAAGAUGCAAGGUAGUUCAAAAUGGGAGUGUGGUACAUGAAGCUUGAAACACUCUGCUACAUUUUUAGGAUUUGUGUUUGGAGGCAACAGUGAACCGUUCCACCUUAGAGUCCCUUCUGCUGCUCACCAAACUACCAUAAACCUUGACUACUUGGAAUGAGGAGGAUCCGUUCGAGAACUGUCCCGUCAGUCUAACAGGGGGUGCUUUGGUUUGCUCACAAACCUAUAAACCUAUCCAACCAUGCAGUAUAGACGCACAGCAGAAGUGAACUGAACAGUUGCAAAACAAUUGUAAGAAAGAAGUGCUUAGUGUGAGUUUAUUGUUUUAUUGCCUAGUAAAGAGUUUUCUCCUAACUGAGUUACACAUUUACCAAUUUAUACAGCCAGAGGAUGUAAUUCGGGUUAAUUGCUAUUCCCAAGGUCCUUCUGGGACUCGAGCCAGAAGCCACAAGGUUACAAGUCAAUGCGCUUACCUAGCAUGUCAUCUGCUGCUCUGAUCAUGUGUGAUCUAUCUCUCGAUUCUGAUGUUUUUUGACCAAAAAACCAAUAGAUAUCUGCCUUGCCAAUUCAAAAUCAUUGCUUAGGGUCUCAAGCUGCUGUUCUUAUUGCUCUAAAGAGGUGAUCUGUAAUAUCUAAGGUUCUGCCCUCAAAGUAUUUGUAUGACUGGCAUGCAUAGUCUAUAUAAUGUAUGACAUAAUGAGUUUAUACAAUUAUUUUCUUCUCAGGAAGUGAUGUGCUGAAAUCCAGGAAAUACAGUGUAACAGCACUUUUACGUAAGCUCACGAUCUUACGAUCAAGUUAAAUAUGGUUGUCCUUAAAAAAAACUUUAAUUUAAUUGGUCAGAUUUGUUUUAAUCCCCUAGUAUUUUGGAAGUGAAAUAAUUUCAAGAUGGUAAUUUUACUGGUGUGCAAUGAUUUUGGAAAGAAAAAUAAAUUAACAGCCUUCGAAAUAACCUGUAACCUUUACUUAAUUAAAUUUGCUACUUGAGUCCCUAUGAAUUUAAAAUACCAUUCAUAAACCUAGUUAAUACAUGGUUAUUAUCGAAAGUCUAAAGUUACACAAUGCAGUAUUAAGUAAAGCAUAUUUGUUGCACAUCUCCAGCAAGAUAUUGCACAUAUGAAGUUGUAAGUGCAGUACCUUGUUCAGUACAUUAUUAUAAAAACAAGGCAAUGUUUAUUUUGACUUGGUUAAUAUUACACUGUUGCUUUUUUCCUGUUUAUCUCC